AGAGAGCUCCUAAGUGCUCCUACAUCUGGGAACCUACUCGUAGCCCUCAGAGAGGGAGAGAGAGAGGGGAAGGGAGAGAGAGAGGGGAAAUAGCUGAACAAAGACAAGAGACUGCUGGAGACUGCCUUGUGCUGUGUUGGGACUCCUGCCUCAAAAGCCCUGCAGAGUGCAUGGAGUGAAAAACGACAGGCGAGUACGAUCAGGGACAGGAAUUUGCAGGGCCAAGGAAAAAGAAAGAAGAAACUUGAUUUGUAGGACAAGAAACUUGAGGAGAAAGUCUGGUUGAAAAGGGCUGCUGGUGGUAAGAUCCAAAGACAUGAUGCCAAUUACCUGGAUAAGUGUGCUGUCCUUCUUUCUGUAUAUUUCCACUGGGAAUGCUGACAUUUACAGACACAACCGACAGGUCUCAUCAGGUACCCAGCCAGGAGUCUGUCGCUAUGGAAGGAGACUAGAAUGCUGUUAUGGCUGGAAGAAGAAUGAUAAAGGCCAAUGUGAAGCUCUCUGUGAACAUGGCUGCAAGCACGGAGAAUGUGUUGGGCCCAACAAAUGCAAAUGUUUCCCAGGAUAUACUGGAAAAGCAUGCAAUCAAGAUCUGAAUGAAUGUGGCCUAAAACCACGCCCCUGUGAGCACAGAUGCAUGAACACUCAUGGCAGCUACAUGUGCUACUGUCUCAAUGGAUACAUGCUGAUGGCUGACGGCUCAUGUGCCAAUUCCAGGACUUGCAUCAUGGCCCACUGUCAGUAUGGCUGUGAAGAGGUCCAGGGCGAGGUGCGCUGUCUCUGUCCUUCGGCAGGACUUCAACUGGGACCAGACGAGAGAACCUGCGUUGAUGUUGAUGAAUGUUCAACAGGAAAACGUCUCUGCCCUUACAAUAGACGAUGUGUAAACACUUUUGGAAGCUACUACUGCAAAUGUCAGAUUGGUUUUGAUCUCGAAUAUGUUGAUGGCAAAUAUGAUUGUGUGGAUGUUGAUGAAUGUGCAAGCAACACCCACAAGUGCAGUCCCCAGGCUCAGUGUUUGAACACACAUGGAUCCUACAAAUGUAAAUGCAAGCCUGGCUUCAGAGGCAGUGGCUUUGAUUGCUCUGUCAAGCCUUUUUUCCAAAAUUCAUGGGAUGGAGACAAAGGCAGUGCUGAUGAUUUCCUCAAUGCCAUUCCUGACAGCCCCAGCAAAGAAAGUCCACGUAUUCUCGGAAAUGGCAAAGAUCCCUUGACAAAGCUGGUGGUCGACAACAACAGGGAGCUGGAAGGCGAACAGCGGAAGAAUGUUAUCCCUGAGCCCCAGCCCACUGCACCUCCCAAAAAUCGCCUGCAGCCAUUCGAUUAUGAGGAUGGGAUCUAUAUUGGGGGCUCAGUGGAGGAAAAGGACCCUGAGGAUGAUGUGUUCUUGGAGGAAGAGGACAACCUGGAGAACCAAAUCGAAAGCAAGGAGACCAGCCGUAGGGGAGAUGUGUUCAUCCCUGAGGAGUACAAGUCUGUGAUUGGUCGUCUUACAGUGACGAAAGAAGCUCCUGCCGUGGUGCCUGGCCAUGAGGAAUUCAUCAUCGACUGUAGCUUUAACCAAGGAGCUUGUGAAUGGAUGCAGGACACUGAAGAUGACUUUGACUGGAGUGUAGCAGACCAUGAUAAUGGAAUUGGAUACUACAUGGCUGUUCCGGGAUUUGUUGGCGAGAGGAAAGACGUUGGGCGCCUGAAACUCCUGCUGAGUGACUCUGCAUCACAAAGUGGCUUCUGCUUGACUUUUAACUACCGAUUGAUCGGCGAGAGGAUUGGCAAACUCCGAAUCCUGCUGGAUGACAGCGGCUCUCCUCUCUGGGAGCGGAGCAAGAGCAGAGACGAGAGCUGGCAAACGGAGCUUGUGACUGUGUCCUGGAGUAAAGCAGCUCCAGAACAUGUUGUUUUUGAAGCUGAACGUGGAAAAGGAAAAGCUGGAGAGAUUGGGCUGGAUGAUGUUGUUUUAACCUCUGGAUCUUGUCAAGAAGAUGACUCUGUUGUGUUUUAAGCCAAUUUGCACUUUGCAAAGGUGCAAGGCAUGAUGAUCCAUUAAGACAACACACCUCAAAGGCAGAACCUUCUUUUGAAUGUUUCUGUCUUCAGAGUUUACAGUAAUUAAAAAAUGAACUAGAAUGUUUACAUGAAUCCUCAUUAAAGAAGAAAAAUCUUUUGUGUUCUGUAUUUCUAAACAGUUCCCUUUUGUAGCACAUUCAAAAAACAAACCUCUGUAGUGUGUGUAGUUUUGCUUUUUUAAUUAUUUAUAGUGUCUUAAAAGCAAAUAUCUGAAGACAAGUACAAGCUGGGGGUGGUUAUGUGCAUUUUUGCAGAUUUAACACAAUACUUGGUCAUAUUCUGAUGUUUUCCUAUUGAUGUCAGUCAAAAUAUUGAUGUUUUGUAAGUUACGGUAGAGAAUCACAACAUAAGGAAACAAAUGAACAUACAGCUACACCUUUCAAAGAAAUAUUUUUAAUUUGGAGUUAAUACGUUUUUUUAAAUAUAGACAUCUCGGGUUUUUUUUAAGAAAACAUGGGGAAUAUUAGAUAUAUAAACUAAAACAGUAUGUUGGAUUAUUCUGGAUUAUUCUACUUUAAAAAACACUUCUGUUCCACAAAUUAGGCAAUGUUACUAAAUGUACUGUACCACAUUGUAGUGUGGAAAAUAUGGUAGGGUUAAAGAAGACAGCAUUGAUCAAACGGAAUUAUGUAUACUAAAAUGAACCUUCAAGUAAUUCCACUGAUCUUCUGAAAUGUUCUCAAAAUAUAUUGAAUGACCCGUUCAUCUUAUGUUUUUAAAAAGUUUAUUAUCAUUGUAACUAUGUUUAACAGCUGUAAAUUUUGCUUUAUUAUCCUAAUAAAUCUGUUUGUUUUUAUA